AUGUCUGAAGCUCGCAGCCAUUGGGGUUUGGCUUGUACCGACGGAGGAAAAUUCUACAUCUGCGAAGAUGACGAUACUCAGUUCGUAGGCUGUUGUCUCAACGACCCUUGCGGCAAGAACAACGGCACUUGUCCGGAUGGCGAUUUGCGCGCCACAACUUUCGAGCCUGAUAAUUACGAUUCGCUUCCUGGACAAGACUGCGACAACUCUCAAGGCACUGACAACUUCUACACAUGUGCCAGCACCAGUCCGCCUUUCUUCGGAUGCUGCAGCCAAAAUGCUUGUGGGUCGGGUUGUCCAAGGGACAGGCUGGUGCCCGCCAAGCUGUCGUCGAUCGAGAAAAACCGACUGGACUUUCUUCAGCCCAGAGCUGCUUCAAGUUCAACCGCCUCUUCUACAUCCGCGACGGCAUCUAGUUCUUCUGCAGCUGAUUCAAACGACGAUAGCGGGUUGAGCACAGGAGCUACCGCUGGUAUUGCCGUGGGCGCUGCGGUGGGAGGAUUGUUGGUGUUGGGACUCUUGGCUUGGUUGUUCUGGUGGAAGCCCCGACAGAAGAAGAAGUAUGAGCAGGCUCCUCAAACAGCCCCCGGCGUUUCUUCUCCUGGCCCAACAAUGAGCGAGUACCCUCAAUCACCCAUGAGUGGCCCUAUUCAUCAAGGCACAUUCCCUGCUCAGUCUCCCAUGAGUGGUUACCAACGUAAGAAAGUCCCAAAAACGCAUUGCUUGUUCAAGUACUCACCGAUUUUAGAAACAUACAGCGGAUCACCCGGCCUUGUGGAUCCUCGUCAAAGCGGCAUGUCCUCGCCUGACCAGUUCCAAAAGUACUCGCCUCAGUUCUCUCAGAAUGAGAGACCUCAGUCUUACGGCCAAUUCUCAGACAACGGACACAGCCCUGGUGUGCCUCCUUACCAGCAACAAUACCAACAGCCAUACCAGCAACCGUACCAGCAGCAGUAUCAACAACCACACAUGGUUCCUGUUCAGGAGAUGGAUGGAACUGCAGUGGUUCGUUCGGAGAUGGACGCUGGUACCGACCACAACGCGAGCCAGCAGCCGCAGGGCUUGAACAUAACGAAAUGA